UUGUUCCCCACAAGCCAUGAAUGCUUGAUGACAAUAAUUGAUCGUUUUCUAGUCAAUUAAAGACCACGGUGAAUAACGUGCCCCCGAUUCCCGGUAUAGGUGGCAAUUAGGAGGCCCGUCAGUAGGCAGUAGGCUUAAGACUAUACUUGCUGAUCUAUGAUUGUCCAGUCAUUCAAACUAGUGGUAAGAUUGGUUUUCCACUUUCGUCUAGAAAAAGGGCAUGCUGAUCGAUCUGAUAGAACUGAUAAUGGAGGAGAUUGUGUACAGCUUAGACGGAAGUUUGACUUGCUAUUCAGGUAGCUAGCCACCGCGAAGUUCGUCAUUUAUGUGAUGGGAGCCGGGCGUUAAACAAAUCCAGGUUGGUAAAGCUUAUAUUUGAAAUACAUGCAAAUGCAAGUUAAUGAUUUGCUGAUUUUUGGGUAGUUUCAAACUAUCAAUUAUGCCGCCUGAUGGGGCGAAUUCUACUGCUUUAAACUUUGUUGGAGGAAUACCUUUUCAGUUGCUGUAUGAUGCAGUUAAAAUAGCCAUUAGGAAGACUAGCAAGUUUAAAAUUCACCUCAUCAAUCUCCAAACGAUGCUAGACGAUUUACAGUCAGCACAAUGGGUUAUCCAACGGAUAGGAGAUUAUAAUCUUCAACUGCGUCUCCCAAACGAUGUAAUCGAAAAUCUUCAAAGAAAAAUGAAUGAUGGUAGAGAGCUCGUGAACACGGUAUCAAAACUUAGCAGGUGGGAUAUCCGCAUCUGGGGCAAUUGCUACAACUGCAUAGGAGAUGACUAUGGCGAACAGCUUAAUGAAUUGAACAGUAAUAUUAGAAGACUGUUUCAACUACUAGAGCUUCAGCAACAGAGGAAUGUGGCCGAGCUCUUAGAGUUGGGAAGAUCCGCCAAUGACAAAUUAGAUGAAAUCAAAGACAAACUAGAUAGAAUGGAAUCACGGGAUAGAAGGAAAUCAGAAAUGAUUGCUGAGUUGAUGGAGAAGCUGCCGCAGCAUAAUGGAACGAAUGGUGUGCAACAAGUUGCAUUGUCAAAUGGAGGAGAAGGGGCAGCUCCUGCUCUAAGAGAAGUAUUCCAGCAGCUUUUCACUGAAGUUAUAAGAUUGGAGGUCAAGAAUCUGAUGUUUAAAAGCCUCUUCCAAAGAUUAGAAUCCACGCUAUACUGCUUACAACCAUUGGUAGAAGAGAUAUCAAAAUCUACGAGGGUAUUGUAUAUUCAAAGGCAAGAAGUAGAAAAUUUUAUUAGUUGUAUAGUGAAGGGUGUAGAGCUCCUUUGCGAAUGCUCUAAGGUUUGCAAGAGGGUCACCCAUAGAAAGAACGAUUACACUGACAAAAUUCAAAAUUUGGAUGAAUCUCUUCAGACGCUCUUCAUUGAACUGAUACAGCAGGUGGGAAGGAGUUUGAAAGAGGCCAUGGAUUCGGCAGAUAGUAUAGAGGCGGCGAUCAAAGAAAUUGAAGGGAUUAGUGGUGUGGUACAAAAGAAUGAUGUUGUGAGCAAUGUGAAGGAGGGGACAUUGGUGGAUUCGGAAAGGGUUAUAGAGGAGGCAUUGAAGCCUAUUGAAGGGAGUGAUGCGGUACAAGAUCAAAUGAAAACUGAUCAAUUGCCGCAUGAACAUCCUUCACCUGCAGUUGGAUUGGAUGUACACACCUUGAAGAAAACAAGUGAUGAUGUGAAUGAGGAGACAUUGUUGGAUUUGGCAAGGGUUAAAGACGAGGUCAUCAAGCCUAUUGAUGACGGGAGUGAUGUGUUGAAAAAUGAAACUGAAUGUGAAAUUGCAGCAGCUGAACCACCAUCUUCAUCGCCAGCAGUUGGAUCGGCAUUCGAAUCCACAAGCAAUGCAACGGGAGGGCUCAAACGACUUAAGGAAAAGAAAGGGCAAAGGCAAGCAUGCAUGGUACUUCUCGCUUGUGUCUCUAAGGGAGAACUAAAGAAAUGUUCUGAAAGAAAAGAAAAGGUUUGGGGAUGGGGUCAUGAAAUGGGCAAAAAGUUUUGUUAUUGUGUUUUCACUCCUAGGCUCACAUUAAGUGCCUCUCUACAAACUCGAAAAAUAUCUAAUUGUAAGAAACACGAUGAAACAGAAAUCAUCAUGCAAGUGGAGUUUCCCUACCAAUGCAUAGAAAACAUUAUCUCCCUGACCACUCCUGCAGACGCAUGCAGACUGUCCUCGAUUUCUUGGAGAUUCCGGGGCGCUGCAGAAUCCGACGGAACUUGGGAAAAUUUCCUUCCUCCUGAUAUCCACAGGAUCCUAUCCCAGUCCACGUCUUCAUCUGCUACAUCAGUUGACCCUGGCAUCUCCAAAUCCAAGAAGGAGUUUUACCUCGAUCUCUGUGACAACCCAGUUCUCAUCGACAAUGGCAAGAUGAGCUUUUCGCUGGACAAAUGGAGUGGGAAGAAAUGUUAUAUGAUUUGUGCAAGGGCACUUCAUGUUGUUUGGUCAGGAGAAAAACAUACAUACUGGAAAUGGAUUUCUGUGCCCGAUUCCAGGUUUGAGGAGGUGGCUUGUCUGAACAGUGUUUGUUGGCUUGAAAUCCGUGGAAAAAUUGAUAUGCAGAUGAUGUCUCCAUCCACUCUUUAUAAGGCUUAUAUUGUGUAUAAGCUAACUGCAGACGCAUAUGGAUUUCGAGUACCUGUAGAGGUCGCAACUCGUUCAAGGGAUUAUGGAUUUGAAUAUAAAGAUCUUGAUCGUGACGGGUUUAUAGAAUACCCGGAUAAGCGGAGAGGGUGUCUGAAUCCUGAUAUACAAAUCGAUGGAACUCUAUCUCCAAAGGAAAGAGUGGACGGCUGGUUGGAAAUGGAGCUGGGUGAGUUUUUAUGCCAAGGAAAAGAAGUUGGGGAGUUGGAAAUGAUAUGUGUGGAAAUGAACGAUCUGUGUUGGAAGAGUGGUCUUAUUGUGCAAGGAAUUGAGGUCAGGCCAGAAAGAAAGGAAUAUUGUGAGGCCAAAGGCAAGGCAAGAUCACAUUUGCGAGACAAAGGCAAGAAAGCAAUGACCACGAUCUGACCUCCAAUCAAAGAGUAAGUUUCCACUAGUUAGACCUGCUUGUUAAAAUAAUAAUUAAUAAAUUUAGAAUUUUCUAGUGGUUAUGUCUGUGUAUGUUGUAAUGGCAUUACAAGGAAAGUAUAAGAGAGAUUUGUGAGAGUUGUGUAAUGAAGAUCGCUAAGGUAUUUUGAGUCUCUUUGUUUGUUUUUUUUAUAUAUUUUUUAUAGGAAUUGUGUACCCGUCCUGAAUUAGGUUUUUGCAUACAACAUAUCUUGGCGUAUUGAAAUUGUAGACUCGGUUUUUUUCGUGUAUUAUUGAGUUCGACCUUUUAAAACAGGUUUUAUACAGGUAUCCGUUUUAUACGGAGUAAAAAUACUUGAAAUUUGGAAAAAAAUUAAAGCGCUAGUU